AUGCUGGAAACAAAAAGCAUUGCCGCAUUGGCUGAAACAAUAACGACGCCAGUGCGCAAACGCAAACGUGAGACUCUGCCGCAGCCACCCUUAGCGGUGGUUGGUAAGGACAGCGAAGGCAACAACAACGUUGCAGCUGCCGUCGCGUCAUGCUUCACAAAUGCUGCCUUUAGCUCGACGCCAAAAAAGCUGGUUGCCCGUCGGCGUCUUUCAAAGGAAAACACCAAUCCGUUUUUGCCACAAUCUGCGUGCUUGGAGGUGAAGUCAAUUGCAGAUCUACAGGCUGAGGAACAGCAACAGCAGCAGCCGCAAAUAAGUACGAAUCCAUUUGAGGUUGUGCGCCAACCGCAAAAGAAAAAGAAACGCGAACAUGCCUGUUUCGAGAAUCAGGGCUUGAAUCUCGAUCUGCCCGAGAAGCAGUUCAAUCCGUAUGAGGUCAUACGUACUACGAACACGCCUUCCAAGUGCUUUGUCAACCAGGCCCUCAAUGUGCGUGGAAAUGAUGCGCCCGCCUCCCUUAAUCCUUUCGAAAUUCACCGCCCCAGUGAGGCAUCUGUGGCGGCCUGCAACCGUGCGGGUGUGGAGAAUCCCGCUCUUGCCGAAGAUCCGCUGCCAACGAACCUAAAGAUCGGCUUACCCUUUGCUCCCAAUCUGGGAUGCCGCAUUGAUUUUAAGGGCCUAUCACUGGCACAAUUGACACCGAGCAAACUCUUGGCCGAGAAGCUAGUGUUCUCGCCCGUGAUGGCGCCAAAUCGUUCCUCCCUGGGCGCUAUCAGUGAGGAAACUACAAUGGAUAUUGGCAAGGAGUUGGAUCGCUAUCAGCUCGAACUCGAGAAUAGCAUCAAUGAAGCGAAGCUGCGUAAAAACGGCGUAGUGCUGGAGACGGAGAGCCAAGAUGUGCUGGUGGUGGAAGAAAAACAACAAUUGGAGACGGCUCAGGAACAUAUAGAGCUGGAACGACGCACGAUCUGCAUACGCAGAAGAACGCUGACGGAAAUUAGUGAAGUGCCAGAGGAGCUGGAGGAGUCACUGCCUGAGGAAAAGCCACAGGAGCCCGCUGCCGCUUUAGAAGUGCAGCCAGCGAAGGAAGAGGAGCCGGUGGAUACGGAGACGGAGGAAAAUACCGAUGUGGCUUAUGCCUCUGACUCGGAAGAGGAGGAGCUGGAAUUUAAGGCACCCACACGCUUUGUGCGCGCAUAUCGUCCAGCCGCCGCCUCCAUUGAGCAGCUAAGAACCGUCAGCAAGGAAUCUCUGCAUUCGGUCGGCUCCAGCCAGUCCACAAAAUCGGGCGAGACCCGUGCCAGUCGUGCUGUCGGUCACAUAAUACGCAAAUCCCUGCGACGACUCAUGCAUCCAAUGCAGCAACAUCCGCACCCAGUUGAAGAACAGCACAAAAGCUCGCCUGAGAAGCAUUCUCACAACAUUAUGAGCAGCAUACGUCACAGCCUGAGGCGACGCACCCACAAAAGUGCGGUUGCGACUGAGGAGUCGAAACCGGCAGAUAUAUCCAUCAUAGAUGUCAGCGAGCGCACCAUGAAGCUGCGUUCCAACCUGCCAGAGACUGAAUAUAUGCCCAUCGAGCAUCUUACCAACGAGAAGAAGCACACACUACGAAACAGCAUUCGGCACUCGACACGCGCCCUCCGCCACGUCUUUCACAAAAGCCAGGACUAUGCCACGGCCAAAUAAAUAGAAGUUCUUGAGCAGAAUUCCUCACACCAUCUGCCGAUUUCGCAUCACCUAAUCAUAGCCCCAUACUGCACCCAAAGAUUGACUUCAAAGCGCACCACAAAAUAUAUAUUUAUUAGGAUUUAAUUAUUUAAGAUUUUUUUUACCCCCUAUAUGGUUAAUA